AUGCGCCACGCCUCGUGGUUAUAUUUCCCCAUCCUUCUAAGGGCCAAUCGGUGUGAUCCGUCCUGCCUGAGUUUAUUGAACCACAGCUUAUCCAUCUCUGGUCAGGGUCUCCGCCUCAAGGUCUUCGCCUGGCCUUCGCCGCCCGCCUAUAUAAAGGGAGCGGGAGCCUUGGGUCGCCACAUUUAUGUCUUAUAUACGGAAGCACAAUGUCUUGAGGAAUAUGCACAGCGUUUAAAGAGAAAUUUGUUUCUUCCGCAGGUCCUUUUGGCAGUGCUGGGAGUGUGCUCGGCUGCCCCUUUCAUCGGGGACACGCCCGAAGUGCAGGCUGAGAAAGCGCGGUUCUUCCAAGCCUUCCGCGCUGCUCAGGCUGCCGCCGCUCCCCAGCAGGCUUUCCAGACUGUGGUGCCCGUGCAGACCAGGUGGACGGGCCCAGUGGCUGCCACCAUCCCCGCCGGCGUCGGCGGCACCAUCACCCCCGUGGGCGACACCGCAGAGGUGGCCGCCGCCCGCAACGCCUUCCUCAACGCCUACAACGCACAGGUUAGGGCCACCGUAGGCACCGUGCCCGUGGUGCAGACCCCAGCCUUCAGCGUCGCCCCUGUUGUUCCCCAGCAGGUCUUCCAGCACACCUUCCAGCAGGCUGUUCCUGUGCAGGCCAGGUGGACCGGACCAGUGGCUGCCACCAUCCCCGCCGGCGUCGACGGCACUGUCACCCCCGUGGGCGACACCGCUGAGGUGGCCGCCGCCCGCAACGCCUUCCUCAACGCCUACCGCGCCCAGGUGGCAGCCACGGUUGGCACUGCCCCCGUCGUCAACACCUUCAGCCAGGCCGUGCCCCAGCAGGUCUUCCAGCAGACCUUUCAGCAGGCGGCCCCCGUGCAGGCCAGGUGGACCGGCCCCGUGGCAGCCACCGUGCCCGCCGGACUCCCAGGCUCCGCCCAUCAGGUCGCCGACACCGCAGAAGUCGCAGCCGCCAAGCAGGCCUUCUUCAGCGCCUACCAGAGGCAGGUCGCGGCCGCGGCGCGCCCCUUCUAGACCGUACUGUUAGCUUAAAUAAAUAGUAAAUAUUUUUUAAAAAAUCAAUAAAAUUAUAUUUUCACACUCA